UGUUUCGUACACCGCAUGACCGUUUCAUUACCAUUUCUUCUCCACUUCUAUUUUACUUAUUUUUGUAAUUCAAUUGCUUUCUCUCCCUCCUCACUUCACCCUAGUUUCAGUAUCUGCGACGCUUUAAGUCGUCUGCUCUUUAAAGAAAAAAAGGGUAAAAUCCCAGAAAAAAGGGAUCAAAGUCAAAUGUUUUACUCGCAGCAAUGCCUCGUGUCGAGGAAAGGACCUUUAGGAGCGAUUUGGGUGGCUGCGUACUUCUUCAAGAAGCUUAAGAAAGCCCAAGUCAAAGACACUCAUAUUCCUUCCUCCGUUGACCAGAUCUUGCAGAAGGAGUUGGACCUUUUGACAUACAGAGUCUUAGCGUAUCUUCUUCUGGGUGUUGUUAGAAUAUAUUCCAAGAAGGUGGACUUUCUGUUCGAUGAUUGCAACAGAGCUUUGGUCGGCGUAAAGGAUUUUGUGGCUAAGGAGAAGAACAGAGAGAACACUAAUGUGCCUUUGCCUGCUGCUGCGUCUACGAGCUUUUUCUCAAUUGCUUUGCCUGAGUGUUUCGAGCUAGAUGCUUUUGAUCUUGGGGUUUUGGAUGAUUUUCACGGGGGUAAUGUUAAGCCUCAGGAAGAUAUUACACUUAAAGAAGAUGGAGGUACUGGUCGGGAUACAGACAGCAUGGACCAGUACUAUAUGGAAAGGUUCGACAUGGAGGAAGACCUCCUGUCUACGUUUCAUGAAACUUUUGUUGCCGAUCAUACUGAUACUAGACAUGAGAGCUCUGCCAAUGAGAUGGACAUAGAUGCAGAAAAUGUCAGAUAUGCUAGUGGAGAAACAUCAGUCGGAGUCGCUGAAGCAGAGCCACUGAACUCCAAGAAAUCAUCCAGAGAUCACCAAACUGCAUCUAGGCAUAGGGAGGAUCCAGAAUCAGAUGACAUGCUUGUGGAACCGCAAGUAUCUGAAGGUAUCAUAAGAGCACACAAGGAAGCAACAGCUAGAGAAACCAUAUGUACCAUUGUGCAGAGACUAGAGGAUCCAGAAUCAGAUGAAAUGCUUGGAGAACUGCAAGCAUCUGGAGAUAUCAGAAGAGCCCAAGAGGAAGAAACAGUUCGAGAAACCAUAUGUACCGUUAUGCAGAGACUAGAGGACCCUCAUGAAUCCCCAGGAGAUAAUCUACAUAGAGACGGGCACAUGGAGAAUUCAGAAUCAGAGAAAACAUGGGUGGAAAAGACGCCUCAUGACGGGUCCCUACCAUCUGAAUGCAAAAGUCCUGAAGAGAUUCACCGGAGUGAGGAUCAACCUUCUGGCGACUCUAGAAUUGAUGGGGAGAAAGAAAGUACUCGAGAAGAACCAGAACCAGAACCAGGUUCUAUGAGUAAAAAUACAGACUUGCCUGAAGGCAUAGAGAAACAUCGGGGCCAUAGUGAUGGGGAAAUGACAGACACUGACAUUUACCAUGGGUCUCAUAAAAAGCCAUAUGAGACUCCUGAAGUGAAUCAAGUUGGACACAAUGUCACCGAGAAAGGUUUUCUCUCAGACGUGAGUUUUUCAGAAGAGGGGAGUAAAGGAUCUAAUGCUAAAGAUACGCCAGUUGCUGCUACUCCCAAACCAGCUUCGUGGCUGAAAAUCUCUGAAGGGGAAACGAGCCAUCAGUUUUCGAUCAUUCCAACGCCGGCUAGAAAGGAGUCUUCUCGAGUUUCACGGAAGAGAAAAUGUCUGAUAGAUGAUGAACUGAUGAUUCCGAGCAAAGUUAUGAAGAAAAUGAUAGAAGACCCAAGUACAUUGGUUGCAAAACGAAAAAGAGUUCCUCAUACUGACUAUCCUGAGAAAAGAAUCAAACGUUUUACCGAUCCCUCAAGAAGUUCCUGGGACCCUCUGAUUCCAUAUGGUUCUUUGGAACUUCAGUCACUUUUUUGUCAACCUAUCAAGCUUAAAGAACAGAACACUACAGAAAGUCCUAAAGCUGCUAAAACUGCUGGGCGGAUGAAAAGGUCUUCUCUUAGAACAGUUGGAGAUGUUUCUUCCUCUGAGCAGACUGAGAAUGGUCGGGAAAUUAUGGAAACUCCUCAAGCUGCUGCUCUUGCUGAGCUGAAAAUUACUGUUCCAGAGACGGGAACUAGCUCCGUAGCUGGGGGAAGUUCUCAUCCAACAAAUGUUCCUCCAGAGACUCCAGUGAAGCCUGCGGAGCCAGCACAUCUUGCUCCAGAAACCCCAGCAAGGACAUCAGAGCAAACAGGGAUUGCUCCAGAAACACCAGUAGUCUCUGAGCAAGUAGAGAUUGCUCCUGAUACGCCGGUGAGGGAUUCAAUGUCGAAAAGAUAUUUUAACGACCAUGAGAUGUGUGAACAAGAAACAAGACCUGCAAACUCCUUCACCUCCUUUGAAGAGCGCCCGUCAGAAAUUUGCGAGGAUAGAAGGGACCUUGAUGCAAUUUUGAUGAACGAGGAGGUGAAUGCACAUGAUGAAACAGAGGACCUGCAACAAGAAACAUGGUCAGCAAGAACAAGGAAUGUGGCGAAAUUUCUGGAGAAGACGUUUCUGGAGCAGAGGGAGAAAGGAGAAGAAGAAAAGGCGAGUUUGUUAGAGCUGUGCAGAGGAAGAACUCAGAAGGAAAGCGCAAGACUCUUCUACGAGACUUUGGUGUUGAAGACGAAAGGUUACUUGGAAGUGAAGCAAGAUCAUCCAUAUAGUGAUAUUCUUCUCUCUCGGUUCACCAGACAACAAGAAGCUCGUUGAAUAGCGCAAUAGCUAGGUUUCUUCUCUCCAGUUUAGGUUUUCUAUGUAUCAAAGUUGUUAGGUUUUUGGAAAUUUAGCCUUUUUGCUUUAAAAUCUGUGGACUUGUAGAGUGAUCAGUGACCUGAAUCCUGAAAAAUACAUGAAUCCACCUAGCUAACGUUGAGCUAAAAAAAGACUACUCUCUUUAAAAAUCUGUUAUCCCC